AUGCUUCUAAGAAGCAAUUACACUUUCCUUUUGUGCUUUACUAGUUGUUUCUUCAAAGUUUCUUGCUCAUCAUCUGAGUUCAGCUUGGGGGGAGAUUACUUAUUGGGUGGUCUUUUUGCUUUACAUGAAGUGGAUCAUGCUAUGCUCAUGUCCACCCCAGGGGCCAUUGAAUGUUCCAGGCACAUCAUCUCAGUAUUUGGAUAUCACAUGUUCCAAGUUAUGAGGUUUUCUGUUGAGGAGAUUAAUAACUCCACCACCCUCCUGCCUAAUGUUUCUCUAGGCUAUGAGAUUUUUGACCAUUGUACUGCAAUGAAGAAUUUCCCUGCAGUAUUCAGUUUUAUCUCACAGAAUGGAUCAAUAAAACCUAAAAAAAUGCUGAAAGACCAUCAGCCUAAAGUGAUUGCUUUAACAGGUCCAUUUGGAAGCACGAGAACUAUGACGAUUGCACCGUUGUUCACAAUGGACCUUAUACCAAUGGUAAAUUAUGGAGCUUCCAGUUAUGCGUUAAGUAAUAAACUUCAGUAUCCCUCUUUUAUAAGAACAAUCCCCAGCAACAAAGACCUGAUACAGAUGAUUAUUCACAUCAUAAAGUGGUUUGGAUGGAACUGGGUUGCCUUUCUUGGUGGUCAAGACGAUUACAGUGAAGAUGGCCUGAGACAGUUUAACAAGUUUAUCAGCAAUACUGGCAUUUGUUUGGCCUAUCAAGAGAUUCUUAGCCUAGGGGCAAACUACAGUCGACCACUUAAAAAGAUUGAUAUGCUUAAAAUCAAUGUCAUCGUGGUUUAUUCAGUGCAACAAUAUGCAAAAAACAUAAUUAAAGCUGCCAUAGCAAGCAACAUCCGAGACAAAGUUUGGAUUGCAAGCCAAGCAUGGUCGAUGGACCAACAGCUUCCAAGAGAGCCAGGAAUUGAGAAAAUUGGUACAGUUAUUGGCCUUACAGAGAAAUUAUUGGCAUUGCCUGGAUUUAAUGAUUUCAUCUAUAAAGCCAAAGGAACUACUAAAGUUCACAAUACUGAUAGCGAUGAAGUCCAGAGUGAUGCAUGUAAUCAAGCUUGUGAAAGCUGCUCAUUACUGGCUGAAGAGGAAAUUAUAAAUGAAAAUCCCACAUUCUCCUUUGGCAUCUAUGCUGCCAUAUAUACCAUAGCUCAUGCAUUACAUAAAGUUCUGAAGUGCAACAUGAAUGGAUGCCACAAAAACACAACGGUUAGGCCAUACAUGCUUCUGGGAGAAAUGAAGAAAGUGGAUUUUCCACUUAAUGGUCGUCAGGUGAAAUAUGAUGAUAAUGGUGAUCCAACCGUAAAUUACUCAGUUGUGCUCUGGCAUACUAAAACAAAUCCUCCACGGUUUGAGAUGGUGGGCACAUAUGAUACAUAUCCAGAAAUUACCUUUACCAUGAGCAGCUCUCUCAUGCCCUGGCAUAACAAUGGAUCUGUUCCUUUAUCAAACUGCUCAGUUGAGUGUAAGGAGGGAUUUUCGAAGGUACCGGAGGGAUUGCAUGAGUGCUGUUUUCAGUGUGAAAAAUGCCCAAGAAACAGCUAUGUGAAUCAUUCUCGGGACCCCUAUACCUGUUUUCCAUGUGCAGAGAGUGAAUGGUCUGAUGAGGGGAGCACAACAUGCAAGAUGCGUUUUGUUGUCUAUCUUGAGUACACAGAAAUCUCCUCCAUCAUGUUCAUGCUUUCUGCCAUAUGUCUGAUGACUCUCUUAGUUGCAAUCUUUUGCCUUUUUGCCUACAAUCAUAAUACACCAGUGGUGAAGUCUGCUGGUGGUAGCAUGUGUUUUCUUAUGUUGGCAUGUUUGAUUAUGUCUAACAAAAGCUUGUUCUUCUUCUUUGGAAAACCCACAUCUUCACAUUGUAUCUUGAGAAAUUUCAUAUUUGCAUUUUUCUUCACUGUCUGUCUCUCCUGUCUGACUGUCCGUGCCUUUCAAAUUGUUUAUGUCUUCAAAAUGGCUGCCAAGUUUCCUAACUUGUACAGCUUGUGGGUGAAGCACAAUGGCCAGUGGCUCUUCAUUUUGUUUUCUUCUGUUAUUGUUUUAAUUGCUUGUUUGAUAUGGGCGACUGUCACACCUGCUAAACCCAUCAGGGACACAUUUUCUUUUAAAGACCAGAUUAUGCUUGUCUGUGAUAAGGGGAACACUUUAACCAUACUUAUGUUUGUAAGUUGGUUUCUUGGUGUCUUGUGUCUCGUAUUUUCAUACAUGGCAAGAGACCUGCCAAAAAAUUACAACGAGGCCAAAUCAAUAACUUUCAGUCUGGUUUUGUUUUAUAUGAGCUGGAUUGCAUACUUCACAGCAUUUUCUACUCUUAAAACCAAAUACAGCAUGCUUUUUAAUGCAAUGGCCCAGCUAGCCAGUGUUAAUGCAAUUGUCUUCAGUUAUUUCAUACCAAAAUCUUACAUCAUAAUAUUUCAAGCAAAAAAGAACACUUCUGCAUAUUUUCAAACAUCUAUUCAGAAUUACUCCCAAACCAUUAGUUUGACUUAG